AAACGAGUAGUUUUGCCGGGACAAGGUUGCUCCGGUUGCCAGCGAUCAUAGGCAAUCAUAGGAUUGAGGGUGAAUCAACUCUCGGUGAUAUCAGCAGUUGCGAUUCUUCAUAAAAUUCUAAAUUCGCAUUAAAAAAUCCCUGUGGGACCGGGAAAGUACAUCGGAGUGAGAGUGAACGUGUGUGAUCAGUGUCCACUGGUACUCGUGAUCAAGUCAAUUGACAUUUCCGUCUGUCCUUGGCGGCAUUUGACGUCUUCACGAGACUCUGCUGUUCGCGAAUAAUUCGAAAUCUGAAUCGAGCCUUUAGUGUUGGACUUUAUUGACCGGACUGUGGACUAUGGCGAGUUUGAGAGGCAUCAGUGGGUUGACAGGGGGAAUCAAGGGCCUCACCAGGAGUCAUGGGUACAGACAACAUCUGCCAAAAACCUUCUACACCUACGUCAAUGAACCAGCUAUGCCAAUCCCUGAGAAGGAGCCCUGCUGGGUCAAAACUGCUGAAGAGGCUGUUGAAAGGGCGGGACUUGCGUCCAAUCAAAUAGUGUUUGUUCAGGGAGCAGCUGCCACUCCGGUCGAAUUAUGCCGGGGCCUGACUGAAUACGGGGUCAAAGCCGAUGUACGAAAUGUUCGACUCUGUCACAUGCACCUUGAGGGAGCGGCACCGUUCGCGAAGAAGGAAAACGCAAAACACUUCACAUCCGUCAGCUUCUUCAUCGGUGGAAAUGUCAGGGCGGCUGUUAACGAAGGCCACGCAGAUGCCAUACCAAUAUUUCUUCACGAGAUUCCAAAGAUUUUCGAUCGCGACUACAUGAGACCAGACAUUGCACUCAUUCACGUGACACCACCGGACAACAAGGGAUACUGUUCCCUCGGUACCAGUGUGGAUAGUGUUCGAUCGGCGUUGGUCAAAUCCAAAAAAAUUGUUGCUCAAGUAAAUGAGAACAUGCCGAGGACGUUUGGCGAUGCAAUAAUUCACAAGAGCCACAUUGACUUUGCUGUCGAGCACAAUGGUCUCCUCCCAGCCCACCCUGUCAAGGCUCCAACCGACAAAGAACAGGCAAUUGGCAAGCACAUUGCGGAAAACCUAGUAGACAAUGGAGCAACAUUGCAAUUAGGCAUUGGCAGUAUCCCGGAUGCAGUAUUAGCGCAAUUGAAGUCACAUAAGAAUUUGGGAAUUCACAGUGAGAUGUUCAGCGAUGGUGUGGUGGACCUGGUCAACUUGGGUUGCAUAACCAAUAACGAGAAGAGUAUGCAUCGGGGGAGAAUUGUUGGGUCAUUCUGCGUUGGAUCGCAAAAGCUGUAUGAUUUCAUGCAUAAUAAUCCCUUCAUUGAAAUGCUGGCCGUCGAUUACGUGAACGAUCCAAGGAUAAUCGCGAAGCAGCCAAAAAUGACGUGCAUAAAUUCAUGCAUAGAGGUUGACCUGACAGGACAAAUUUGCUCCGACAGUAUUGGAACGAGAUUGUACUCUGGCUUUGGUGGACAAGUGGAUUUUCUAACAGGUGCAGCUAUGAGUGAGGACGCCCUGGGAAAGCCAAUAGUCGCCCUGAACUCGACAACAGCAGAUGGAAAGACCAGUAAAAUUGCGCCAAUGCUGAAGCUCGGAGCGGGUGUUGUGACGAGCAGAGCUCUUGUGAGAUACGUCGUGACUGAGCACGGAAUAGCAAGUUUAUUUGGUAAGACUCUGAAGCAGAGGGCACAUGCACUGAUCCAGGUUGCGCAUCCAGACCAUAGGGAGGCCCUCGAGAAAGCAGCCUUUGAGCGUCUCAAAGGAAUGCCAGCACCUUGAACGUAAUUUUCGAGGUUUCUAGAGUGUAAUUUAGGGCUCUGUCCUUGCCUUAACAUCAUGCAUUUCAGAAUUUCUUUUUUACAUUUUGAAUAAUUCGAUGAUCACUCUUGUUUCGUAUCUCCAUGGGGACAAGAGCUAGGAAGAGCAAUUGCUUUGAAUUUUCUUUCCAAGAUGUACUAUAGUUCAGUCGUUACUUGGGGAGGCCAGUUAAAAAUAAAUAUUUUGACUUUUUGAAAAUGUUUCAUCGAACUUGGGGGCUGUUGGUGAUGAUCACGAGUGGGGAAUACUUUUGGAAUUGUCAAAGAUUUAUUUUAUUCCAAUCUCUCCGAUGUUCAUGUGAAAAAUACUGUAUAAAAUCGUCUGUAUGAUAAAUAUGAUGUUCGUAGAUUUUAAGCAACAAAUAAAGCAACACUGGCUUACUGCCAUUUUUUUAUGCCAUUUCGAGAUACACUAAGUUUAAUUUCAUCGUCGAGGAGUUUAAAUAAAGUCAGUGAUUGAAACAAA